ACAAUUACUUACCUCCACCAUCAAAUCGUUAAACCAUUUGCAACCAUCGAUGGUGGUCAUGUCACGAGUAAGCUUCUACUCUUAUUUCUUGCUACUACUGUUACAUGUCGGUGUCGCUCAAAGCAGCGAUUUUGAUAAUGAUGGAAGGGCAACGUUCAGUCCAACCACGGCUAUAAUCAUGAUCGUACUCGUUAGUGUUAUAUUCACAAUUGGAUGUAUCUCCGUCUACAUGAGGAGCUGUCUCCAGCACGCUCUUGGGAUAGACAGCGGUGGUGGUCCAGGAAACUGGCUUAACGUGAGGCAAACGACGGAGCCUGGGCUCGACGCGUCUGUUAUAGAAACGUUUCCAACGUUUCCUUACUCUACCGUGAAGACGUUGAGGAUCGGUAAAGAAGCUUUGGAGUGUCCCGUUUGUCUCAACGAGUUCGAAGACGACGAAACGCUGCGUUUGAUUCCUCAGUGUUGUCACGUGUUUCAUCCUGGUUGCAUUGAUGCUUGGCUUCCUGGAGAAACCGGUCAAAACUCUCUCGGAACGCCGAUUGAUGAUAACCGGAAAAGGGUUUUGGCUUCACCGGAUGAGCGGUUGAUUGACUCUGUGGCUUGGACUGGUAACCAAAGCAUGCCACGUAAGUCCAUGUCUACAGGUUGGAAACUAGCUGGAUUGAUCAGCCCGGCUAGUUCUCCCGGUCAACCAGAGGAGAAUCUUGACCGGUUUACACUGAGGUUACCACAAGAGAUACACGAUCAGCUUGUGAACUCCAGCCUGGGAAACCAAGGGUCAAAAGGUCAACUGGCGUUACCUCUAGCAAGGAGCUCGGUUAGAGGGUACAGAACCAAAAGCCUAGGGACUGAAAAGAAGAACUAUUUCUACUUUGAACGGUUUGAUCAAGACGGUCGGUUGGACCGAAGACCAUUUUCGAUAACUCCUCCGUACCAUACCCAGUCGAUCCAGUCUCCGGAUGAAAUAAUCAACGGUAGUGGUAAUUAUCAGGAUCGUGCUGGUGCACCUAAAGGUUUGCUUCUAGCAAUAAGGUCACCCUUUGAUCGGUUAUUUACUAAGAACAAUGUCGGUGAACGUUCGUACCUUCGAUCCGGCGAUGCAAGCCCUGUCUAGGCGAAUACACUACUAUUGGGUUUAUUAAGAUAUUUCAGGAAAAUAAGAAAAUCUGUAUAUAUUUUUACUCUCUUCUAGUUUCUUUCUGUAAUCCGAGAACUUCAAUUCCUUCACCAAUAUAAUGCAUCUAUUACU